CAUAAAAAAUUUGUUUUUGGCUUAUAAAGAAAAAUUAUCUUUUCUAAAUUAUCCAGUAAAUGAAACAAAUUAAAGUUUUCUCUCUAUUCUCAACUCAUUCUCAUAAAACCCAACAAGAAAACAAUCGAAAUAUUGGAAAUAUUCAAAAGUGAAAAUAUUGAAAGAUUGAAACUUUCACUAAUGUUUUUCAGCUACGUGUGAUGACUUGUUUAGCGAUCAUAGCGCCUCUUCUGGGAUAUUUUCCAAUUUGAUUUCCCGCAAAAAAUUAUCAGGAUCUCUUAAGGCGCCAAAGGAUCCUUUUAAAAAUUAAAUUUGCAAAAUUUCUCUCAAAAUAUCAAUUGAAAAAUGAUUCUCACUAAAAAAUAGAUUUUAAGAAAUGUUUUGAUUUUGUAUUUACAUUUGGAGGUUAAGCUGCUAAUCAGCUGUUAUUGUGGGAUAAAUUGUAUGACCUUCAGAGUGACCUGUUCAAAGAUAGUGGUGCUGGGAUAAAUUUCUUAUCACCCGGGUUUGUGUAAUUUCCAAAGUGUUUGCUUUUUGGAAAGUCAUCCCGAGUCUCUCGAUUUGAGGAUUAAGUGCUCGACAGUGAAGUGAGACAGUGCAAAAAUGGCUUUAGCUGCUUCAUCCGUUGCAACGAGUCCCUUUGAAGGGCAAAAGCCGGGAACAAGUGGUCUGAGGAAGAAGGUCAAGGUCUUUACGGAGAAGAAUUACACAGAGAACUUUGUCCAGUGCAUUUUGGAUGCCAAUGGGAGUGCCAUUGAGGGUUCAACGCUGGUUGUGGGAGGAGAUGGGCGCUACUACUGCCGCACGGCAUGUGAGAUAAUUGUGAGAAUUUGUGCUGCAAACGGUGUGUCACGUCUUCUUGUGGGGCAGAAUGGGAUUCUCUCAACACCAGCAGUUUCCUGCAUUAUUCGUGCCAAUAAAGCCCUCGGUGGGAUUGUUCUUACGGCUUCGCACAAUCCCGGUGGUCCGGAGAAUGAUUUUGGGAUUAAAUUCAACUGCGAAAAUGGUGGUCCAGCACCUGAUGGGGUCACUAAUAAGAUUUAUCAACUCUCCACAACUAUUUCGUCCUACAAAAUUGUCCAAGAUCUUAAGAUUGACCUCACGAAGAUUGGUACCAAUACCUAUGACAUCUCCGGGAAACCCUUUGUUGUGGAAGUUGUGGACUCGGUGGUUGCUUAUGUGAAUUUAAUGAAGGAGAUUUUUGAUUUUGACAAACUCCGCAGCCUCGUGACGGGAGCUUCUUCUGGGAAACCACUAAAGAUGCGAAUUGAUUCAAUGAAUGGGGUCACUGGAGCGUAUGUUCGGGAGAUUUUCCUCAAUUCUUUGGGUGCUUCAGCUGAAAAUGUUGUUCACACGACUCCUCUGGAAGAUUUUGGGGGCCUUCAUCCUGAUCCCAAUCUUACCUAUGCAAAGGAUCUUGUGGAUACGGUGCGAAAUGGUGAUUAUGACAUUGGAGCUGCAUUUGAUGGGGAUGGGGACAGAAAUAUGAUUAUUGGUAGGAAGGCAUUCUUUGUGACACCCAGUGAUUCCCUGGCGGUGAUUGCUCAUUUCGUCGAGGCUAUCCCAUAUUUCCGGAAGAAUGGAGUCACUGGUUUUGCUCGCAGUAUGCCAACUGCCUCAGCAGUGGAUUUGGUAGCCAAGAAGGUUGGCAAGGAAAUCUUUGAAGUUCCAACGGGAUGGAAGUACUUUGGUAAUCUAAUGGAUGCCAAUCGUCUCUGUCUCUGCGGUGAGGAAAGUUUCGGCACUGGAUCCAAUCAUAUUCGUGAAAAGGACGGAAUUUGGGCCCUCCUGGCGUGGUUGUCCAUCAUGGAGCACACAGGAAAGGGUGUGGAGGAUAUUCUAAAGGCACACUGGGCUACUUAUGGGCGUAAUUACUUCACACGCUACGACUAUGAGGAAUGCGAUGCAACCAAGUGCAAUGCAAUGAUGGAACAAAUGGAGAAACUCAUAACAGAUCCGGGCUUUCUGGGGAAGCAAUUUGAGAGCUGUGGGAAGAAGUAUGUGGUCAAGGUGGCUGAUAAUUUCAGCUAUAGCGAUCCCAUUGAUAAAUCCCUGGCCACCAAGCAGGGCUUGAGGGUGGUAUUUGAUGAUGGGAGUCGCAUUGUGAUGCGUCUCAGUGGAACAGGCAGUUCCGGCGCCACUGUGCGUCUCUACAUUGAUUCGUAUGAGAAGGAAAAUGUUCUGGGGCAAGCGAGUGACAUGCUGAAGCCUCUCAUUGAGAUUGCCUUGCAAAUAUCACAAUUGGCCCAAUUUACAGGACGCAAUGCACCCACGGUCAUCACAUGAAUCACAAAAUACAUAUUUAUACGAAAUUUACGACAUUUUAUUUUACUCAAAAAAAGAAAAUAUCAAGAGAGGUGAAACUCAAAUAAUAAAGAAAAUGGCUUAUUUGUUAAAAAGAUAUUAAGUUUGAUUAACUAUACUCAAGGGCAAAAUUAAACAUUUGAUAAGGCAAUAAAA